AUGUCCCCGAUCUUGCGGCUCGGUAUUUUGGGCGCCACCGACACUGUGGAGUCCACCCACCUGCCAGCCCUACACGCCCUAUCCACCCAGUUCGAGCUCACCAUCCUCCACGAUGCCUCAAGCGAGGCCCUGCAGCGCUGCCAGAAGCGCUUCAACAUUAAAGAGACUACUACAUCCGCCGCCGACGUCCUGAACCACCCGCAGGUCGACCUGGUCCUCAACCUGCUCCCGUUCGAAUACCAUGAACAACACACCAUCGCAGCGCUGGAAGCUGGCAAACACGUCAUGGUCGAGAUCCCCCUUAGCCUGGGUAUUGACGGACUCCGGCGCAUCCGUGCAGCAACCAAAAAGGGAAGUGUUAAUUCGACCGUCGAGGGGGGACCCAAGGUAUUCGUCGGCUGUGCCCGCCGCUACGCUCCCUGCUUCACAGACAUCUUCAAGAAGGAGGUUGCCUCUAUCGACCGAAUCUACUAUGCCCGGUGUCGAAACAUCGCCGGACCUCUCCAGCUCCCCGAUCAGAAAGCCGCCAAAAAAGGAGACAGCAACGGUACGGGCUUCAAUCUCAGCCUGAACGGAAAUACCAACGGUAAGAACAAUACCAAUGGAAGUCUCACAGUCCCCAACACAAUCAUCAACACGACCAAAUUCCACACUCUCCUCGCCGACAUCUUCAACGUCGAUGACCUCACAGCCGAACGCGUCGCCUUCUGCCGAUUCCUCGGCACCCGCGGUGCCCACGACCUCUCCCUUAUGCGCGAAUUAUUCGGCUUCCCUGACGCCGUCGCAAGCAUCUCCAUCACAGACCCCUUUUACAGCGGAAUCUUCCACUACACCGACAACGCCGAGGACGGAAACACCUUCACAAUGCUCUACGAAGCCGGCGUCGACGCCGUCCCGCGAUGCGACUCCCAUCUCACCGUCUACGGUUCCGGCAAGACAGUUAGUCUAGAAUACAACUUCCCCUGCCCCGGGGCGACAUGCGGCGAGGGCGUGAUGUCGGUUGUGGUCGAAGAAGCGGAGAAGCCGGAAAAUAUCGAGGCCGCCGUCAAUGGCAACACCAAUGGACACAGUCUUGAUGGCAAUGUGAAUGGUGAUGGGGUCUGCAACAGUUUGUCCUGGCCCCGCGCGAAGCGAACAGUCUACACGAGUACCGCCGCAGAUGCUUAUGAGAAGCAAUUCCGCGCGAUGUAUUCAUACUUUGUCUCGGGCGAUGCACCCGACGCAAAGACCACCACGGAGGAUGCCCUGGACGAUCUCAAACUCGUUCACAUGAUCUUUGAGCAUUAUGAUCGGCAGUGUGGAACAAUUCGAACGCCGCUGGGCUGA